UCUAAUUUACCUCCAUUAAAGUAUGUAAGACUGCUGUCUCAGUUUGGUUAAAGAAGGAUGGAUGUUCUUUUUUUUCAUAUCUACACGUUUGUAAAAACUAAGGGAAUUCAUAUGACCUACCAACAUUAAAAAUAACCACAGCGUGAAUGAGGAGGAGACAGGAAGUAAAGAAGAUAGACAUGUGUCUUUGACAAGUACAACAGAGUUGGCAAGUUGCAGUUGUGACAAGAUGAGAAGGAAAACCAGAACAAAAGGCGAUGAUUGAACACAAAUUAUUCAACAUUUCUCUGUUUUUGUUGCUUCUUUAUUCAGGAGCACUAAGUGGAGAUCUUUCGCUCACCUUCACUGUCAGAGAUGGAGAUAAAGUCAAUUUGCCUUGUCAAAAUCGGAUCAACAAUCAUCACAACUGUCACACUACCACCUGGCUCUUCACUGAUUCAAGAAGCACAGCAGCAGUAGAGCUGGUUAAUCAUGGACAGCUCAAAGAAACAGCCAAAUCAGACAGACUGAGUGUUACAGCAGAAUGCUCACUGGUUAUAAAGAAGGUCACAGCUGAGGAUGUUGGUCGUUACACCUGCAGACAGUUUAUAGGAAAUCCAGGGACACAGCAAGGUCCAGAUGCUGUGGUUCAUCUGUCUGUUGUCGUCAUGACUGAAAAGAAGAACGCUGAUAAAGUAACUUUAAGCUGCUCUGUGUCGACAUUUGAUCGGUGUAGACACAAAGUGAAGUGGAUUCAUAACAGAAGAGCUCUGGAUAGAGAUUACUCAAAUUUAAAAACAUCACAGUCUUCCUGCUCUGCAACUGUGACUUUUCUGAAUCUUACAUAUGGUCACAUAUCAAGUUCUGACUUUAAGUGUAGCUUAAAAAGAACAGAAAAUAACAAAGAGCAGCUUUUUACCUUCAGCCAUCAUUCAUCAGGUGAAGAAACAAAUACAGCAACAACAGUCAAAUUAGACACAAUGACUACAAUAAAAGAGCUGGAAAUCAUGGAUGGUUCAACAAACUUACCAGAAAUAAAUGCAGCAGCAACAAUUAAAUUGGAAAUGAUGACUGAAUCUGGCAUUAAAGGAGGUCUGACAACAAAACAGCUGGAAAUCAUGAAUAGUUUGAGAAAAUUACCAGACUGGUCCUGGUACAGGCUCGCCAUUGUGGCCCUGGGUUUAGUAGCACUUAUAGCAGCUGUUGUUGUCGUCAGCAUCUGGAUAAGAGCUGGGAAAAAAGCACAGAUGGAUGAAAACAUGGAACAGAAUUUAAACUCUGCAGUAACUUCAUCUGCUCCAGGAACCAAUCAGGAAUCUGUGAGAUCAAACAGUUACUCACCACAUGUAUUUGUUGAAUCUGCAUUUUAUACAUUACUGAGCAGUCUUUAUGUUGUCUUCACUGUGCAGGCUGAUGUCCAAGAUGUUGUUCUCUACGCCUCCCUCAGCUACACUGAGACCACCUACAGCUGUCCAGGUCUUCAGGUUCCCCAUAAAGACGAUGAAGAAGGUGAAGCUGUGACCUACAUUAUAUGUCCAGUCUCUUCUCCUGGACCCGCUCCCAUCAACCUCUAUGCUAGCAUCAACAAACCAAAAAACUAAAACACAGAAAAAACACACAGAAUCUCUUUUUAUUUGAUAACUUCUUUCUUUCUUUCCAUUCUUGUGUAAUGAAAGAGGGUUUCUGUUUGGCUAAAGUUCCCAGGAUUUAACUACAGUGAUAAUGUAAUCUGUAUUUUAAUUAUUAAUUUCUAACACAGAAUGUUGCACUAUAUUUUUUCAUAGAUUGUUUAUUGCUUUAUGUGUUUGUAUAUCUGCAGAUUAGGCCUGACGAUUUUAUGAUAUUAAAAAGUGUUUUUACAUUAUGUAAAAUCCCAAGCAGCCAAUAAAGGCUCCAGCACAUGAGUUUUAUUGUCACAGUACUGGGUCUCUGACCCUGUGUUUUUGUUGGUUUUAGUUAUGUUCUUUGUUUAUUGUAUUUCAUGGGUUUUGGUUCUCUUCAUUGUUUCCUGUAUGUGUUAUAUUCUUAGAUCCUUGGAUUUAGGUUUCCUGUUAGUUUGCCUUCCCUGUGUCCCAUGUCUAGUUACCUUUGUCUCCAUCUUCCUUCUGCCUCCCCAGUGAGUCGUGUCUUUUGUCACUCCUGUCUCUCUGCUCCAUGUUCAGUUUGUUCAGUGUCAAGUCAGCGUCUUUGUGUUAUAUUUCCUGUUACUUUGACGAUCCCUUGUCUCAUGUCAGUGUUUGUGGUUUUGCUUUCCCUUGGUCUUUUCAUGUUUGAUUCCUCCCAGCUGUGCCUUGCUCCUGUGUCUCAUUCCCUCGUUAUCCCUCAGUUUAUUUAACCCCUGUGUUUUCCUUGCUCUGUGUUGUGUUGUACGGUGUGUGUUUACCUGUGUGCACCUCUCUGUGUGCUUAGUUUAUUUUUCCAGUGUAGUUUUGUAUUGUUUCUCCCAGCCAGCAAAUAAAGCUGUGUUUUUUUAGUUUGCUCUUUGCCUCUGUGAGUCUGCAUUUGGGUCUUCUCCUACCAGCACACAGCUGGUUCAUGACAUUUAUUGUUGUAUUUUGUUUAUUUUUAAUUUUUUUUGUAGUCUGU